AUGAGUUUGGUCCCUUAUCGAGAAGGUUCUGUAAUACUAGGUGAUCCUAGUUCUCGAUCUUUGGUGAUUGUGAACCCUUCAUCUGGAUCUCUAGAGUUCUAUCGUAAAAUUUACAAAACUGGACCUGAUGGUCCCGACGGUCAUGGAGACGUUAAGUCCAGGAGAUAUUCCAUUGCAUCAUACGUUUGUCCCAGAUGUGGCACAGAGAUUCACCCCAGGCUACCACUAACUGAAGUUGAUGAAGAUGAUCCCAAUGAAACAACAGACGAAAAGAAUCUACAUGGUAUGAAUCUUUCUCGUAAGUACUUUCAUUUUUUGGAAGAUAGUCAUAAAAUUAAUGAGUCUAGCGCUUCUAUGCUACCACCACCACAUCCAUUUUUCAUUCCACAGGAAUUGUUCAUUCCAGGAUAUUUCCAUAAAUUCUUCAGAGUUUUAUCAUUAUUGGGUAGUGGUGCUCGUGGAUCUGUGUUUAAAGUGGUUCACAGAAUUGGGGACAUCGAUUUGGGAAUAUUUGCUUUAAAAAAGAUACCCAUUGGUAACGAUAUGGUAUGGUUCCAAAAAUGCAUAAGAGAGGUUAAAGCUCUUAGUUCUUUAACGCAUAUGAGUGCGAAUUUAAUUACAUAUAACCAUGUGUGGUUAGAAAUGGAUACCGCUUGUGGAUUAGUACGGACCUUAGAUGGUGAAGAAUCCGAUACUGUACAAGAUAUCCCCUGCAUAUUUAUCUUACAACAGUACUGUAGUGGUGGAAAUUUAGAAAAUUUCAUCUUAAAGGAUGUAUUUCACAAAUUCGCAGACAUUCAAUCACCAGAGGAACGCAAGAGAUUAUUUCGAUUCAAGAAGACUCAUAGUCAUGUUCCAUUGGGGCUGUCCACAGAGCAGAUCGUUCAUAUAAUGAGAGAUAUUGCUAGAGGCAUACAUGAACUGCAUGAUAUUGGAAUUAUUCAUCGGGAUUUAAAACCUUCCAAUUGUCUUCUUCUUAAAAACUACAAUGUAGAAACCGCGCUAGAUGAAUUUUAUCCGACUAUAGUCAUUGGUGAUUUGGGAGAGUCUCAAAAGGAUGGAGAAUAUAGAUCUGCUACUGGUGCUACAGGUACAUUGGAGUUUACUGCGCCCGAAUUGAUAAUAUCCGGUAAGACAGUUGAUUACAGGGAGUACAGUUUUGCAUCGGAUAUCUAUUCAAUAGGUAUGGUUUGUUAUUUCAUUGUGUUUGGUGAAUUGCCAUUUGAACCGCAUAUGGAGAUUAGAGAUCUGAAAUUGGCUAUCAAGGGGAUUCUGUUUAAUAAGGAAUCUCUCUUGCAACAGCAUGCAUCUCUAGGCUUGAAGCCCAUCGACGGGAGAAUUUUCGAACUCAUGGAACUCCUGCUUUCUAAAGAUUAUGAAAAGAGACCCUCUGCCAAAGAAGUUGAAUUAUUUCUGGAUGAAGUAUGGAUAAGUUUAGAUCUAGAGACUGCAUCUGAAAGUUUAGAACCACGGGAAUCUGACUGCGAAGAAACAUUGGACGACAUCGACAGUCAAUCACUUGUUCCCAUUUCCGACAGUAGGCCUAAGCAAUCAACCACACGUCCAAAAUUAACUCCCUCAGUAUGGAAAAAAUGGCUCUGUGUUUUGAUGAAUAUGGUUAUUGUGACCUCUAUUACUUUUUCAUCACCCCAAGCUUCAAUUCCAGUUCAUAUGUCAUUGAUUUUACUAGGUGUAUCUAUACGAUCAAAUUUAAGGCAACAAAGAUGGUUUCUGGCAAUUUUACUAAUGGCAAGGGUAUAUGUGGGGAUUUCAACUACUUAUUUCUAA